GAGCUUCUUCUUCUACUUGUUUCUUACUCUCUCUCUCUUUCUCUCUCUGUCUCUCUCUCUCUCUAUCUCUUAUUGGUUUGCUUGUAUACGGAGAACAGUGGUUUCUCCCAACAUAGUGAGAGGACACGCUGAGCGUUCUCUGUGGAGCUCUGCCAUAGUAGUAGGGGCUGUAGAGUACGGAUAACGCCUCAACCCUUGUCUCCUUUUUCUCUUUAAGGGGAAGCGAAGGAGAGAGAGAGAGAGAGAGAGAGAGAGAGAGAGAGAGAGAGAGGUUUUGGUGAGGAUUAGCAAAUGCGAAUAGGAUGAUGGGUGAGACGAUGAUAGCGACGACGAUGGAAGGGAGUAGUAGUAGCAGCAGCUUCGUGGAGACCGUCAUUAUGCGCACGGAGCACGUCGACGUGACCUCGAAGCCGCUCUCGUCGCGUCCCCGGGCGGCGCGGUCGGGGCACCGCCCCGCGGCUCCGAGGACGGUGAGGGUCUUCUGCGACGACUACGACGCCACGGACUCCUCGGGCGACGAGCACGAGGGCGCGCACCGCCACCCCCACCGCCGCCGCGUCCGCCGCUACGUCCAGGAGAUCCGGCUCGAGCCGCGCCCCGCCCGCUCCGCCCCGUCGCCCGCCGAGGGGGCGAAGGCUAAGGCCGAGGCGGGAGCGCGGAAGCGGAAGCCCGCUGCGGCGGCGGCGGAGGAGGCGGGCGGGGCGCCGCGGUUCCGGGGGGUGCGGCGGCGGCCGUGGGGCAAGUACGCGGCGGAGAUCCGCGACCCGUGGCGCCGCAUCCGCGUGUGGCUCGGCACCUACAACACCGCCGAGGAGGCCGCGAAGGUCUACGACUCCGCCGCGAUCCAGCUCCGCGGCCCCCACGCGACCACCAACUUCUCCACCUCCCCCACCACCACCGCCAGGGCACCACCCCCUCCAAGGAAGAACCUUUCCUCCACCAACCUCUCCUCCUCCCUCGGCUACGACUCCGCCGAGGAGUCCCACAACGUCUCCUCCCCCACCUCCGUCCUCCGCUCCUUCCCCGCCUCCGCCGCCGCGGCGCCUCCGCCCCCUCCGCCGCCGCCGCAGCCGCAGCCGCAGCGCGAGACCGACGAGUCGGCGGCGGGGGUGUUCGCGCUCGAGCUCCCCGACGAGCUCGGCUUCUUCGCGCCCUUCGAGGACGUGCCCCUCUACGACGACUUCCUCGGCUUCGGCGCGUCGUGCGAGCCGAGCCUCCUAGCCGAGCCCAGGGGCGCCAGCUUCCUAGCCCACGGCGAGCCGGCCGGCCCGCUCCUCGGCUCCCAGGGGCUCGACCUCGGCGGGCUGACGUGGCACGCCGACGAGGACUACGACGAGUUCCGGGACAUCGGCGAUCUGUUCGCCCUCGACGAUCCGCCCCUCGUCGUCUGAGUUCGACGGCGCCGUUCUCUCUAACGGCGACUCGACGGCCAAUUUUGUAGCAGUGACUACCCCCAACCUCCUUUUUUCUUUUUCUUUUUCUUUUUUCUUUUUUUUUUUUUUCCUCCCUCCCCCAG